CUCAAUCCUCUCACAAUUCCACCAUGAAGCACCGCCUCCUCACCCUCACUUCACCCCUCACCCUCCGACCCCUCCCAUCCCCCAUCCCCUCCACCACCCACCGCACCCUCACCACAACCACCGCCUCCACGCCGCAUCCCCAACCGCAACAACCACAGCAGCAGCAACAACAACAACAGCAACAACCACGACCACACCCCACCAAACGCCCACUCGCCGACCUCUCCCCCACCGAACUCAACAGUUACUGGGACACCCAAGCCCCAACCGCCUCGCAACUCGCCUACGCCGACAAAGUCUUCACCCCGUCGCGCCACUCCCCGAUCAAACUAUGGACGCUAGCCAAGUUCCGCACGACGCCGAUAUCGUCGACAACGCCCGAAGUAGCCUUCUUGGGGCGGUCGAACGUCGGCAAAAGCUCUCUACUGAAUAACCUGAUGGGCGCAGAGGUAUGCUACACGUCAUCGAAACCGGGGCGGACAACAACCAUGAACGCGUUUGGGAUCGGAGGCACCAAGGGCGGGGAAUCCAAAGUCGUGCUUUUGGAUAUGCCCGGGUACGGAAAGGGGAGUCGCACGGAGUGGGGGGAUGAGAUUAUGAAGUAUUUGAAUAAAAGGAAACAACUCCGCCGCACCUUCAUCCUAAUAGAUGGCCUGCACGGCAUCAAACGCUCAGACCUAAACAUGCUCGAACUCUUCCGCGAAUACGCCAUCCCGCACCAAGUGAUCGUGUCCAAGGUAGACAAGAUCCUCGCGAAGCGCAGAAACCAAGUGAUGAGCGGCGUCACGGAGGCGAACAUCCUUGGCGUGCGGAAAUCGCUGCGGGAUCUGAAAGCGAUCAUCCAGCCGGUUGGUCGGUCGGAGGGUCCUCCUGCGCUGGGCGAGAUCUUGACCUGCAGUUCGAGUGUAUCCGGGAACCAUGGCGAUCAUUUGGGGAUGAGCGCUAUCCGCUGGGCCAUUUUGGCGGCCGCCGGGUAUGAUGGGAGGAUGGAGGUUAGGGUGGAUCGUCAGUCGGAUGGGGAGGGUGGGUCUAUUGCUGCUGAUGCUGAUGUGCCUAGCGCUGAGGCUGAGUCGAAGAGGGAGACGAGGUGGGAUUUCUCUUGACUUGAUACUGACUAACAGAGAUACUGUUGCUUUGGACAAUAUGUAUGAGCCAGAGGGGUGAGAUCGCAGCACAGAGUAAUGUCGUCAUAAUGUGGCAUUUGCUGCCCUACACACGCGGCAAGAUUAUUUCUCUCUCAGGUAUUAGCAUAUCUUACUUGAGCAUGCUGGCUCGUUCUACUGCUUGCAUCAGAAGAGCGACGGUGCCGGAUAUUACGCACUUACCAGCGUGAUGACAUUAUGCUUGGGGUUGUGUGCUCGUAUUGUCUGAUGGUCUGGAGAUAAAUACUACAAGCUCUCGAUUUAGCAAGCGUAUGAGCUGCACGGUUGUCUACGGACUUAACCACGUGCCCUUCUUCGUAUAUGCUGUACUAGGGCAGAAAAAGAUGCCGCUCAGCGCUCGAUUCUAC